GGAAGACUGUGGUGUCCGGAGUCAGGACGCUGUCAGCACUCUACCUUAGAUCAUAUGGGGAAACAAGAAACGUCAUCCUUGGAGGAGGCGUCGUGACAGGCCUUCAGUGAGUCCAUGCCACAAAGAUUAUCCCGGCACGAGUUCAAGAGGAAAGAUCACUCCAUACGCUCGAAGGUGGCGUGUUGUGUGAUAGCGGCCGUGAAUGGAGGGACCCUGGAGUGCCGGCGAGAAGGCAGGUUUCCUCACCCUGAAAAUUGUGCCCACUACGUGGAUUGCUUCCGGAAUGCCCGUGAUGUGCUAGUGGCCAGAGAGGGACACUGCCACGGAUAUCCCUACUCUCCCGAAAAACGAAGAUGUGUCGACCAUUCCGAAAAACCUGACUGUGUGACAAAAGAAGUCAGGAAUUCGUUCCGCGCUUCUGACUUCAAUGGUCUAUGUGCCGGAAAUGAGUUUGCUGCUGGUUGCGUCAACUGUAAGAUGACCUUUUCUUGUAUCAAAGGUAACGCCACGAUAGGUGCGUGUGACUCUAAAACCGUGUGUGAUAACACAAAUCCAGACUUUGGGUACUCCGUCUGCUUACCUCCUGCGUCUAUAAGCGAUGACAAGUGCUCUUGUAAGAAAGUGGGACUAGUCAAAGAUCAUCACAACCCUGCCUACUUCCACUACUGUGCCGCCAGCGGUGCCCUCCCGGAGAUCUUUGCAUGUGAGGAUGAUAAAGAGUUCAAUGAGUUAAAUCAGGCAUGCGAGGUCAACCCAGGACAGCCAACAAUUCCUCCUUGUAAUGGGAAGAUAGGCACCUUCGUGAAUCCUAAUGAUUGCUCUUGGUCCUACACUUGCCUCCCCGGUGAUAUGGUGCGGACCACAUCUUGCGGAACGGAUGAAUACUUCCAGGAUGGUGCAUGUAAGAAAAAGUGUUUGUUCGGAGCACCGACACAGAUACAACCUUGUACUGCCUCAGGUUUCUUCAUUUACCCCGGUGACUGCACCAAAUUCCUCUUCUGCCCAAGUUCAAGCGGGUCAUCCGAGGUGAAGGAAUGCCCCGAUGGCUUAUUCUACAACGACGACGAUAAGAGAUGCACCGACGCCACACUGCCGAAGAGGUGCGAAAGUCUAGGAGGAUUCGAUUACCUCUCCUGUCCGGGCCAUGACGAUGUCGAUUUUGACAGCCCGUGCCCGUGAUUAGUGAGGACCUUACCGUCACAAUGGUGGCAAUUCAAUGGACCAACUUAUAUGAUAUAUUCUAUGUAACCAUUUUGUUUCCAAAUUUUCGUUUCAUAAAAAGAUCAAAUUGAAAUAAUUGAAGUUCAUUUGAAUACUUUAAGUACAAAUGAAGAGAAAUACAUGUUAUGUAUUGCGAGAAUACAAUGAUUCAGAAAGCAACCAUCUCAGUUCCAACAACCAGAAUAUUAUUUGUAACCAUAGGGAUUCAUAAUUAUACCAUAGCUUCUCUCC